UUAUUUAUUUAAUGCAUUCGUGGAAAAUUGUAUUAUAAAAGAUAAUAAAAUAUAAAUAAUUUCUAUAUUCGGAAUUCUUGGAAGAUCAUAUGAAAACGGAAAGCAAUGAAGAGUGAGUUUUAUGACUCAUUUUUCUUAAAAUAAAGUGAACUUAGACACCCUAAUUACGAGAGAUUCAAAUGGAACAAGAAUUAAUAUAACUUGACCCUAACCUUUUUUAUCAAUUAUCGUCGCGCGGCAAGCAGUAGCGUUACGACCAUCCUGGUCCGUUCCUAAUAGCGGGUUCAUGGAUUUAACAUUUGGUGUUCAUUAUUAAUCGCCGAGAUAUAUUUAAAAAUAAAUUAAAAUGACAAAAAUCAUGUUUUCGAGUCCCGUUAUAAAUGACAUCAUGAUAAAAUCGUCCCAAUCGAUGUUUGAUUUCGCGGGGAAAAAAAAAUCCGUCCCUCCUCAAAAACCGGAAACCGACUCUUCGAUCAUAAAUUCCUCGCAUCCCUACGGAAACUUGAUUGACAGCGUGAUUGAUAGCGGCUACAAUUCUUUUAACAACAACCAUAGUUUCCCUGCCGGUAACGAGGAUUCCUUAAUAAUGGACAUGGUCAGUAAAAUCGUGGAGGAAAACGAGAUAAGCCAAAAGUUCAAAAUGUUGGAUAACUUGGUGACGAGUGGCGUACCUCGACGUUGUAUCGAAAAAAAUUUGGUGGGAUUCGGCGAGGGGCUGACCUCAUCUGAUAAAUGUUCGACUCCUCUAAAAUUCAAUGCGAAUUUCUUGAACAAUAAUAUUGCUCAUAAUUCCACCUCCAAUGCUACCGCGCCUAACAAUGGGUUAAUCAAUACGACGGCGCCUAACGAUGGGUUGGGAUUGAACGACUCCGGAUUUGGCUCAACUUUUUUCAAAAACAUUUGGUCACCAACGGUGGAAGAUCAAGGAAUUAUUUCGGAAACGAGUGCUAGCGUUAAUUCAUCUGUUUCCCAGACAAACGGAUUCCAUUCUUUCCCCAAUGGGAAUGAACAGGAAAUCUUAACAUCCCUUAUAGGCGAUUUGAUCAAAAAUGACGAAUCGGCAGCCAGAGUGUUAAUGGAAAUGAUUAUCAAGAGUGGGGGAAUGACGCAUCACAACACGGUUGAUGAUCACAAAGAAGUUACAACUGGUAAACCGGACAAAACCGAAAAAUGGUUGCUGGAUUACAAUAAUAAUUUUUGCCCUAACAACGAGAAUACUCAACGGAUUCAGGGCGAUGUUUCGCAGUCUUUCUCGCCCAUCGUUGCCUCAACCACGGUUGGCAAAGCUAUUCUUGGUUCCCAUAACAGUUUCAAAAAACAUCAAAAAUAUUUGAACACUCCGAAUUUGGCUCACAAAUACUGUCCCAAUGGCCAUUCGGCGACAAACGAGUGUAAUGAUAACUUUGCGAAUUUUAAUCACGAGGAUAAAGCUACAUCUCAAUUAUUUGUUAAUCAUUCAAACCAAAUUAAUUGCCACGGCCCUUCGGCCAUAUGCGAUUAUAGCUAUGGCCCAUCAAAUAUUUUUCAAUACGCCAACCUUCAACACCAAAAAUCGGUUUCUUCCAACUCUAUUUUGCAGCAGCAAAAUUACGUAAAAAAUGUAUCUUCUACCCAAGGUCCUCAUAACAGCCUUUUACACAACACCGCUUUGGGUAAUGAGGUACCCAAUUCGCUUCAUUUUCCUUACCAUCAACUUCAGAAUCUUGGCGGACGACCCCACGUUGCGAACAACGUCAUCCUUUACCAUCACUACAGUAACCCUCUUCAGCAUCAGCAUUAUAAUCCGCAGGGCAUCAAUCCAUCAUACGCUGCUCCUCCUAACAAAUACAACUUUCUUCAUCAUCAACCCUUAUCCGCGAUUAACGUCGCCCCUCAACCCCAAUCCAUAUACCGUUUCAACACUAAAAAAACUUACCCAUGCCUAACACUUCAAUUUUUUCUGGAAGAAUGUUUUUCGCAGUUCAAAUGUCUCGAAAAGGAGCGCAAAAAAUGCGAAGCGGAACUCGCCAGAACUUAUCCGGGCCGAAAUUUGUGUAGCAAUAAUACCGCGCUCGUUCCUCAUUUAUCUUCUAACCCGUCUCGCGUGGAUAGGAUGAUAGUUGACCAUUGGAAGGAGCAUUCUAAGGUAGUCACUUUGCUGGGAAAAAUUGAUGGACUCCACAAAGAAGAGUCUCUACCUUUGGGGAUGUUUCGCAAGAUGGAUGUUUGGAUAAACUGUGUGAAAGUCGUGCAAUACAAAAGGAAGGAGGAAAUUGAAAACGGGAUUAUGAAUAACGGCACUUCCUCCAAAAAUCCUGCUUUGUUGAAUGGAUCCGCGAACAGCCCCAUGAUGAUGAAUGGGCAUCAUUCCCCAAAGAAAUUUCAGGACGAUAAAGAUAUAAUGGCGCUCUCCCUUGCUAUUAAGGAGCUAGCCCGAGCCACUAAAAUCGCUCGAACGGCCUUAUGGUCCGCCCUGAAUUUCGCGGUGGAUAAAGGUCAAAAUACUCCAAUUGGACACAACCUUUUGAAAAUGUUGGAAAACGAAAAUAAUAACCGAGGCACGGUGGCUCGAAAACCAUCGCCGCCUACGCGUCAUCUCAUCACGAGACAGGGACAGGAGAAAUAUUAUUACUAUCAAAACGGGCUGAACGCAUCCGGAAAUAGCAGCAGAUUACCGGGAUUAAAAUUGAACGGCUAGGCCUUUAAUAUAUACAGCUGUGAAAUGUUGAAUAUUUCAAUUGAAUUAUAACCAGAACCUGUGACCAUGUUAUGAUGGAGGUAGUUGAAAUGAUUUUUUUUAUUUUCAUACACUUUUUUUUUGAUGAAUAACUUUUGAUAUGCCAAAUUUUGAUACAAAAUUUUGAUAAAGAAAAUUAUAAGAUAAACAUAUUUUUUUUUAAAUACAGAAAUUAAUAAACAAACCUUGUUUUUUAUAUUAGGUUUUGUUUAUAUUAUAAAUGACAAAAUCAAUAUUUAAACUUAUAUAUACACGAUAAUAUUAUUUCGCUCACAAGAUUUUUGAUACAGAACCCCUACUCUCUCCAUCCCAAACUGUUUUGUAUUUUGAAUUUUUAUACGACAAAACCAAUAUUUAAACCUUUUUAUAUUGUAUAGAUUGAUAACAUUUACUCGCUUUAAUUUUUUAUAUAAUACGUAAUAUAGAAAAAGUUUAUACAUGAUUAUUUACCCACAUAU